UAACAGAUAAGUGCUGAUAACAGGCGCCAGUGUGAAUUCAGUUGUUGGAGUUAAAACAAUGUUCCUCAAUACGUAGCAAAAUGGACACCAAUACGAUAAUAAUCGUAAGUGUAUUCGGAGGUGCGUGGAUCUUUCUCCUGUUGGUGUGUAUAGUACUGUGCACGCAGGUGGCCAGCCUCCGGCGCAAGAUACACGAUUUGAAUAACACAGGACGAUUGCGAGUGCAGAAACUUAAAAUGAGUCCUGAGGGAAACCACGCGUUCAACAACCCCAGCCUUGUGCCCGAUGAGGAAUUAUCUCGCCGUGGCUUCUCUAUGUACCAGCCCUCGGAGGAGGACGUUGAGAGUGGUAGAGGUACUGAGCGGCAGACGAGUGGGGAGUUCGUAGAGGAGCUGACUCGUAAGAUUGACGACAGACAGUACAGACAGAGUCAGACUAAUGGCCAGGCGCCCCCCUUCUUACUGCAGAGCAUAGAAGAUAACAAGAGGAAGAGCAGGCAAAUGGCAAACCCGACUACAAAUAAUGGACGCCAGAGUGACACUAAUCCAAACUUUAUAUUUUAAAUUUUUUCAGUAAUAAAACAAUUAUAUUCAUAGUAUACCUAAAACACACCAAAAAGAAAAAGUGAUAUUGCCAAGGAUUCAAACAUUGAGGACGCAAAUUAUGUUUAUUUUCGCGACAAUAUUACAACAAACUGAUAAAAAAUAUUUAAUACUUUGAUACUGAGCGUGUUGGUCAUGGCUCUUCCUAAAGUUUAUCAAAACCACUUGCUAACUGGGAGUAAAAAUGCAGUAGUUUUCGUUCCUUUUGAAAUAUUCGAAAAGGAAUUAGAAAACUUAUUUUAAUAAUUAAUCUAUAAAUAAAAUUAAGUAAGAUAAAAUGAGUUUUAUUUCACACGA